AUGAAUGCCGUGCGGACAACUAAGGAGAAGUUGCCACAGCUCCUGAUGCACCUGUCCGUCACUCCGAGCGACACCUUCAACUUUGACGAGACCGCAUUGUACAUCUCCAUCCUGCCAAGGAAAACCUAUGGUAGCGUGCGCACGGCCGGCCGCAAGAUCGCGAAGCAACGUCUUACCGUCGGGUUCCUCGUCAACGCCGACGGUACCCGAAAGUUCAGGCCGUUGGUCAUCUCAAAGUCGCGCUGUCCUCAUGAUUUCCGCCCCGAUUACAACCCCGAUGAGUAUUGCUACUGGCGCCACAACGCCAAGGGGUGGAUGCCUAGCAACUUGUUCACGCACUUCAUCGAGCAGCUCGAAGCUGCAAUGUACGCUGAGGGAAAGAAGAUUGUGGUGCUUCUGGACAAUGCCAGCAGCCACACCCUUAAGACCGAAGGCGCCACGAUGGAGGACCUGUUCGGUUUCCGCACCGUGGCGCUCGGGAACGUGCGGCUGGUUUAUCUGCCGCCCAACACGACUUGUUUCACCCAGCCGCUCGACAAGGGGUUAAUCUCCAUGGCGAAGGCACGGUACCGGCAGCAUUGGCUCCGUGCCUUCACCCGCACGUGGACGGCCGAAGGUGCCACGUCUGCCGUCGCGCGCUUCAGGCCCAACAUGCGGGCGGUGGUUGAGUGGUUGAAUGACGCGUGGAUGAACCUUCCCCCGCGCGCCAUCCAGCGCUGCUGGUGGCGCACGGGGUGCCUUCCGCUCGUUUGGGCACUCUCCUUGGACCACGUGGAAGCCGUCCCGCGCAACAACGGCGGCACGGUAGUCGAUGGCGCGAAUGGGAUCGAGACCGGCCUCGAUGAGGAGGUCAACGAUGUUGGCCUCCUCAUCGACCGGCUCUGCCUCGGUCCGAGCGCCAUAUCGGCCGAGGCGUUCAUGGGGAUUGAUGACAAUCAGCCCACGUGCGCUGAGCCCGGCGAGGAUCCACUUAUGCGGGAGCCGCUGCCACGCGAUGCGGCAGUUAUGUGGGAGGCGCCGGCGAACAUGCAGCAGGUGUACGAUGAUAGCAACCCCGCCUCCCGCGAGGCUCGUCGUACCGCGCGCGCGGCGUGCGAGAUGCUGAUCGGGUACGCGCGGGCGACGUACAUCUCGCCGCGUGUCCUGUGCGCCCUUUUCGACAUUCGAAACCCCAUCAUUGUUGCGCGCAUGGAGCGCGCGAGCCACGCCCUGUCAGAAUGA